GGUUGGGCGACGACAAUGGCAGAGGAAGCGGAGAGCACCGUUACUGGUCUUGGAUCGGUUAUGGAGAAAGUAGCUGAGAAGCUUAAUGGUCACGAUUCGUCGUCUUCCGAUUCCGAUUCUGAGAAGCCAGUUACUUCGUCAGUGAAGGACAAAGUAUUUCGGCUUUUCGGGAGGGAGAGGCCGGUACAUUCUGUUCUCGGCGGUGGAAAGCCUGCUGAUGUGUUGCUGUGGAGGAACAAAAAAAUAUCUGCCAGUGUACUUGGCACAGCCACAGGCAUUUGGGUGUUUUUCGAGUUGCUAGAGUAUCACCUUCUCACUUUGGUCUGUCACAUUCUGAUACUGCUGCUUGCAGUUUUGUUCUUGUGGUCCAAUGCCCAUACCUUCAUAAACAAAACUGCACCUCGCAUCCCGGAAGUUCAUCUACCUGAGGAACCAUUCCUGCAAGUUGCAGCUGCUUUGAGAAUUGAAAUCAAUAGAGGAUUUGCUGUCUUGCGUAAUAUAGCUUCAGGAAGAGAUCUGAAGAAGUUCCUUAUUGUUAUUGCUGGUUUGUGGAUCCUAUCAAUUGUAGGAACUUGGUGCAACUUCUUGACCUUGUUUUACAUAUCCUUUGUUACAUUGCACACUGUUCCUGUCCUGUAUGACAAGUACCAGGAUAAGAUAGACCCGUUUGCUGAGAAGGCUACCGUUGAGAUUAAAAAGCAGUAUGCUGUGUUCGAUGACAAGGUCUUGAGUAAGAUCCCAAGGGGUCCGUUGAAAGGCAAGAAGUUAGAGUGAUGAGAUGAAAUGGCAAUGGUUUGAACUGUUAAGAACUUUGGCUCCAGAUGUUUAAUUUAUUAGUUCCGUAGAGCCUUGUUUAAUUUGCCUGCGGUUGUUAGCUUUUGGGUUGGGUUUGGAAGAGUAUUGUGGUACCCCCGGCUUUGGCUUCAAGGCGUAGCUCCAUAUUUCGCUUUCAUGCUAUGGUUUUCGCUGGCUUCUCCAAUGUUGGACUUCUUAUAUCUGAUCUUUCAGUCAUCAAUUAUAUUAGCGAAAGCUUUAAUAUUUUUGUA